AUGGCUCUUUUUCAACAAGCCAAUGGCUCGCCACUUCCAUCCCACGGCAUGAACGAAGCUCUUCGGACCCCGGUACACGAGGCCACCGUCUGGCAGCCAUCAUCAGCGAUGUCCUCGUUCUCAACCACAGAAGCCGUCGAAACCUUGAUCGAGUCGGUUCUGAGUCAGAAGAGCAGCCGCAAAAGAAAGAGGCCGACUAGAUCAGUCACAGAAGAACUUGAGGACAUCUUGCCGUCAUCGCCUAUCCCAACCCCAACCCCCUCAAGACGGCAUAGGUUUGACUACAGUCCAUCGCCCUCGCCAUUACCUUCUCCGUCUACGGCUUCAGAGGAGAGCUCGUACGAAAAGGAAACCUGCAAGAAGAGUGACGUUCUGCUCCUGCCAGUCAAGGCGUCGACUUUCAAUCGAGCUCUUAGAGUGAUGAGCGGGCUACCUGUAGCUUCAAGAGCUGCUCGGCAGGCCGAGAGAAGGGAGAAGCCAAGGGAACGGCCGCCGGUAUGGGCUGAGAGUCGACAAGAGCUCUGCGAAGCUCUUCCAUAUUACCGCUCCUUCCAGUCAGGCUUGUAUAUGCACUCCAAGGUCACCUUUGGGUACCUCCUUGAAGCUUUUCCCGCUCCUCGAGACGCCUGGGCAAGUAAUGGACGAGUCAUCAUCUCGCAUGGAGGAGGCCAGUGCAUAUGUCCCAAGCUCCCAAAUGGCAAGCAAGGCCCCCCAGUCCUCCAAGCCGACCAAUCCCGUUCCGAUGCUCGUGUAGACGCUCUCCUCACCGCCGCAGAGAGACGGACGCCCAUCGUUCUGAUAGCUGGAGAAGGGUACAAGGAGCUGCCCUGGAAUCUUGAUUGCGCGUAUGUGGUGCUGGGGUGGUAUUGGAUAUCGUACACGUGGGUGGAGGCUGAGCCUGCGUAUAAGGGUACCAAGCCUCCAUCAGGAAGAGACUAUUUCCAUCGGAUCAAGAUCCGAUUCGACUGGGUUGGGAGCCAAGGAGAUCCGUGGUGGGACUCGGAGAUACCCGUUUCUCCUCUACCUGUGAAUCAACUGUCCUCGACACCCCGGCGACCUUGCCGCAUCUCGUCAAGCAAAGAAGCGGCCGAGAUGAUAGCCACCUUCGAUGGCUUUACCUGCCCCACUUGCGACUCGCAAAGCCCCAGAAUCUACAUCGAAGGCCCCAUCUGCGUCCAUCCCUCAUGCCCCGCCUUCUUCCUCCUUCUCACCCCUCUAGGGCUCCUCCCCAUUCCGCCGACGUUCACGCUCACCCUUUGUCCUUCCUUUCUACUGCCGCAGAAAACGCCUGAAGGAGUGAAUAGACUGCCGUAUGAGGUAGGCCCACCAGGGCCGGUGGAGGAUUGGCCAGAAGCUGAUGAAGGUGGGCUGGGAGGGGCGGGGGAGAAGACGCUUUGGAGGGGGUGGGUUUGUUCGGAGUGUGGAAGAGCGAAUUGCCGCUAUCGGUGGGAAGUCUGGGAAUGUCAAGCAUGUGGUAAUAGUACGGCACAACUGAAUGCUAGUCAUCAAGUACCACUGUGUCGUCUCACGGAUCUCAGAGAUACCUUCUUGGGAGAUGCAGCGAUGAGGCACUCAACAGGGCUGAGUGCGAGCUUGACGGUUUCGAGAGAGCUGGGGGCUGUAGUCGCCAUCUAUGAGCUUCCCGAAGCCGGCAAAAUCUAUCAUAUCAUGCCAUUCGACAAAGAGUAUGCUACGGAACUCUUCUAUGAGUAUCAGCGGGAAGCUACCUCAAAACCUUGGUUUCAGCGGCGGUCUUUGAAAUCAACUACCGUAAAGGGCUCUCUCCUAGCUCAGCACUUCGCGUUCAACAGCGGCGUACCCUACAAGUAUAUAGUAGACACUCUGUCUACUCCGUUUGACGAGUCUCCUGCCUGUGUUACCAAAGCUGUGGAGCGCAUAACAUCCUCAGUGGCUACGGUGUUGGGCGAGGAGUAUCAGUUCAACGAGAUCCUGUCUGUGUGUUAUCGAGAGGGACAGAAGAUGGGGUAUCAUGAUGACGGAGAGCCCGGUUUAGGACCGGUUGUAGCCUCACUCAGUCUGGGCAGCUCGGCAAUCAUGUCAUUCCGUCCCAAGCCUGGGGAGAAACAGCGCGGAAACACCGAUGUAGCUUUGAACAUCACUCUUUCUCAUGGGGAUUUCAUGAUCAUGGAAGGACACGAGAUCCAGCGCAAAUACCAUCACCGAGUCGUUCCCCAAGGUUUCCGCAUCGCGGCCACCGCCCGCCGGAUAUCUGAGCCUCCUGCCAAGCCGGAUAUCCAAGUCAAAGCGGGUGUCGAUGCCGAGGACACUGGAGAGGUCGAAUACGAUGAUGUUGUUGAGUCUUGUCUGGGACCAGAUUUGUCGCGACCUGUCUUGGACCCAUCAAGGUAUUCAUCGAAGGAGUUGCCGCAGCUGCCGCCUUUACGUUCAAUUUCUGAUCACACUUUGCUCCCUCGUCGGACCCCUAUACAGCACCCUUAUCCAUAUCAGCCACCGUAAUUGAAUCCGUGGUGAACUGUUUAUGAGAUUGGGACAAGAAGGAGAUUACGGUGAGGGGGGUUAGGGGGGGUUUAAGGAGGUAGCGGCAAUUGCAGCCAUGCAUGUCGCGUUGCAGCGACAACGUCAUACCAGACUUUGCUCUGGCCCAGCUGGCAGACCAUGCAUCAGAAUCAUCCCCGUCCCUCACAUCCACUGUACAUGUCCAUCGCCUUCGGUGUUUCAAAGUGGCGGCCCGGUUUGCGAGACAUGUAUAGCGAUGACAGCAGCUCGCCUGAUCGCUGACGUUGGCUGAUUGCUGAUAACGCGAAGAAUACAAGAACCAAAGAGUUAUCCAGGUACGGGGUCUCCAAGAUUCUCCCCGCGAUUCAGGGGCCGCUGGUGACAACGCUAAUCAUAAUAAUGACCCGCACUUGCGACGAGGGCGAGGCUGGUCAUGGUGAAAGAUGCCAAGGCGGUCUUCAAGUGCGGCGCCAUGCAGCAUGCCUGAUAACAGGCCUGAUACUGGAGCAACCGGGAGAAACAGACGGUGGACAACAGCACUCUUGUCGACCGUCGAACCUCGUCGCUGUAGUGCCUCUCGUUGGGCUGGACUCGAGUGCCAACACAGGUAUCAGGUAUACGUAUGUAUCAGG